CGAAUAGCCCUCCAGCACAGAGACCGGCGAAUAGCCCUCCAGCACAGAGACCUCCGGCGAAUAGCCCUCCAGCACAGAGACCGCUGCCGAAAAGACCAAUUCCACACAGACCACCUCCCUCGGCACAAAAUCCUCUCCCUGUGAGACCUGUCGCAGUGAGGCGUCCUGUGGCCAUACCCGCGGGGGACACCGAGCAGCUUGCCGAAGAAUCCUUUAGGCUCUCAUCUCUCUUCCGGGACAGGGUGAGGCGACCUGCUGCUCGACGUCGGAGACCAGUUCAGCCAGUGAGAGGCAGAGCCAGACAGCCCAACAAACGACCGAAGGUGAGAGUGCAGGCCCUGGCUCCCCGCCCCAAGCCCGGACCAAAGCUUCGCCGCCCACAGCUGCCCCCGCCCAAACCCUACAGACCAGCCCUCCCGCCCACAAAGCCAGCCCGUCGCCCCCUCCCCCUCCACCUCCUCCUACCUCUCCACCACGCCCUCCAUCCCCCACUCUGCCACCCACCGCACACACAACCCCGCCCACGACCACGCAGGACCCCUUGAGCGUGCACAACCUGGCCGGGCCGCCCUAUUUCGACACCAUCCCGCCCGAGGUGCUGCUCAUGGACGAGACUGUCACCGUCCCCGCGCUGUCGUCGACGACCAGCGCCACCACGACCACCGUCCCGCCUUACAUCGCGGACUGGCGGCCAGUGUCCACCUCCAGACCGAGACUGACUGAGACGACCCGCAGCACAGACGCCUCCUUCGACGGCCGACCUCCACACGACCAAGGCAGGGUCGAAGAAAAAGACACACACCACGACCUUCGCGAGCCCCAUGUAGGUUCUCACUGGCACGAGGGAUCCCAGCGGGACGUGGAGUCUCACCGCGAUCUGUCCACGCACCACCAGGAGGAUCCUCGAAAGGACAAGGACUCCAAGCAGGACACUCAGAGGGAGAAGGACGUCGGCGAAUCUGACUGGAACAAAGGGAUCGGCUGGGAGGUCAUGGGAAACCUCGACUGGUACAAUGAAUGGACCAAGAACUGGAACAACAACUGGAACAUCGACUGGAGUAACCGGUGGCUCACUGACCCGCCUCUCAAGGACACAGACGCCCCACUGAACACAUUACCCACGGACCCACCGAAGAACUUCGCGGGCACGAGCAGCCCACGACCCACGUUCACGCCCACCAAUCCCCCGAGCACAUUCGCGCCAUCAAACCCGCCACAGAGAUUCGCGCCCACGAAUGUUCCCCCGAGAUUCACGCCCACAGAUCAACCACAGACGAACAUCCCGAAGAGAAAUGAUGGCUUUCAGAGGUACCCGAAUGAGCCACCGAGAGAUACCAGGUACCAAGGAAACUCUCCUGGCAAUCGACGGUACCACGAGAUACCACCAAGGAGCCCAAGUAUUCCCAGUACCCCGUCAGGUAACAGGCAUUACCAAGAAACGCCUCAGAGGGGCAACCCCCAGUUUUCCUCGCCAGGUGGUCGCGUGCCUCAGGAAAUACCAAAGAGAGACACUGGUUACAAGGCAAACUUACCAGGCAACCGAGAAUAUCAGGAAACACCACAAAGAGACACCAUUUACCCGAGCAGUCCACAAGGCAACCGGCCGCCGAAGGACAUCCCGCAGAGGAUUACCAGCUUCCAGCACGUCUCCCAGGGCAUUCGCAGGUACUCCGAACCCCCGCAAAGAGGCCAGCGACCCAACCCGCAAGGGCCUUCCCACGUUCCGCCGCGACACAACGGCCAUCAGGGAAUCCACCCGGGACGCAUCGAAGAGAACACCCGCAGGGUCUUCCACAGGCCAUCCCAGAGGCAACAAGGAUCCUCGGAGCAUCCUACACAGACGAGACUUAGGGCAGUAGGGCCGCCACGACCUCCGCCAGCAGGGACCGGGAGUGGUGGUCUUUUGGCAGUCAGCGGACCGGCGAAAAUCCGACCGGGUUACACACCGCGAAGGCCACAGCCACCGGGAACAGCGCCCCGUCUGCCUCCGAGGGUCCAGGGCUCCAGCAGGUUAGGGCGGCCGAUGUUACAUCAGCCAGCAGCCGCUUCGGCACCAGAGCCAGCGUGGAGACCAAGACGAAGAAUAAUCAAGAUAUAAGUGUUGGCAAUACUCACCUCAAUUUUCUUCUGUCAAUAAAAAAAUGAACACUUCCUUUCAUAUAAGUAAGCAAUGGAAAAAGAAAAACUGACCACAAAUCAUAUCAUAUUGAUAUGUAUAUUGAACUGCAAGUCAAUAGAUUAGCGAAUCUUAAUCAUGUAUUCCGUCUUAUGAUUCAUAUUCCAAUCUUACAAGAGCAGGGAGACAUUGUGUAAAUGUAUGUUAUUUAUUUACUUCAGUCCAGGGAUGAAUUGUAUAAACUUUUGUGACACGUUAUUUGUUCGCUCUUGUUCAGGGAUAAAUCGUAUAAACGUUUCUGAUUAAUGUUGUUUGUUGACUUUUGCUCAUUUUGAUAUAUAUAUACGAAAAAUGUACAUUCUAGAGAACCAUUUUUUUGCUGAUCUAAAAGACUUGCUUAUUCCUUUGAAAUGCAAUAAUAUACAUACAAAUACACAAUGACUAAUGCGCACUUACACUCACGCACAUACAAACACAUCAGUACAUAUGCACAUUCACAGACAGGCGUUCUUUA